UCGCCCGAUUCUCAGUCCACGCCGACAGCGUUUCGCUGGUUGGUGGUGCGUUGUGUCAAAUGGUGGUUGUCCGUCGAAGUGCUAAUAAUCACACAGUUUUUACACUGUACACGUGCAAUUGGAUAUUCUAGUGUUACCCUGUGCUCGGUGCUGCUUCGUGUGGUUACUGUGUCUAGUGGUUCAGUGGAGAUUCAACUCCGUGUGUUGCGUAGCGCGGUUUGGAAACCUGACGUUGCGUUUUCACCCGUAGAAGAUGUUCAACUCCUAACGGGCCCGUACUCUCGUACAACCGACUGUGAUAUUCAGACCAAAGUGUUAGCGGACCUCGUCGCUUACGUCGAACCGCAGUGACCCGCCCCGCGGUUCUAGGCUGUGAGCGACAUUUAUCUGGUUCCUCUUAAGUUAGUUAAAAUGCCCAACAAACAGGUUACGUUCGGUGACGUGAUCACCUACCCCAACAAGCCGAAGUCGGAUAAGUCCGAGGCGGAAAAGACGGUUUCGAUCAAGAACCGCUUUAACUGCGGAGCUCUUAGGAAUAGUCUGAAACUGAUGGCAGGUGGCAACGGCAAUCAUCUGAUCGCCAUUCGUUUGGUUCGCAGCAAGCUGAGGAAGCGGGAGGACAACCUGCACACGACGGUGACGACGAACCAUAACAACAACGUGAUACACCAUCAGCAGCAGACGCAGCAGGUCCCUCAGCAACAACAGCAGCCUCAGUGCCAGGAGGUGGUCGUCUCCUGCCCUAGAGACAGCCAGGAGUCUCUGCCUCCGCCCUUCCUGUGGACCAACAGCCGCUGCUCCACCACGGCCUCCUCGCAGUACACCCUGUACAACAACGAUGAGGACAAUCUGGUACACAGCGUGGCUUGCGAGGAGCCCAGGGAGUGCAAGGGUCUUCGCAAGAAUCUCAGCGGCAAGUGGCGACGUCUGGUCAAGAAGAAGCCACCCCAGGAGGUGUACACAUUACCAGCCGAGCUCCGAGACCAGCUCAAGACCAUCUAUGUUUAUUGAAUACACCCCAACCUCCCUGCUGCGACUCCAAGUCUCAGCUGGAAAUUCACAUUCAAAUUAGAUGUAAAAUCCACUGUAGAUUUUCGGUUAGGGUUAAUUUAUUCGGUACCGAGCAGUAUUGCAGUAUUGCGGAGCGGGUGCCAUCUGAGUGCCAUCGCUCGAGGGCAAGUGAUAUUCCAGUAGCCUAGGUGUACAUAUCCGAGUUGUAAAUAUUCCUUUCAUGUAUUCCGCAGACACGUCCGGACGGAUUUGUUUAACUGGGUACCUUAGCGGGUAUUUUCCAGAAAAAUACCCGCUCUAGGAAUUCUUAUUUUAUGGCCAUGGCUCAUAUUGAGUCUUAGUUAGGUAAUUUUUUAGCUUAGUGAAGUAAGUUGUAUCGUUCGAUAUGAUGAAUUUAAGUCUACCUUGUACAGUUUACAUGGAAUGAGCGUGAAAUUUUAAAUGUGAGUGUAAAGAUUUUUGUAUUUUUACAGUUUUUUGUCGUAUCAAUGUUUUAUGGAAACUCGUUCAAUUUGGUUUGAUAAAAUUAGAGAUAAACCUAAAAAAAUAUAAAAGAUAAUUCAAACGAUAAGGGACUGAGUUCUUAACACAUUGAUUGCCUUAAAUAUUUUUUUAUUAAUUCUUUGAUCGAUUCAAAAAUAUAUUUUUAUAACUUAUACUGUAAUAAAUUUUUAAAACACAUUAUGCAAGUACGUAGAUAGUAAAUCAGUGCAACUUAAAUUAACUAGUCAUUUAAUAUUUUUGAAACAUCAGAUAAAUUAGGGACUGACUGUGUAUCAGUAUUUUCAUUUGUACUUUGUUUACCUUUAAGAAAAACAGCCAAUAUAUGUUUAUAUGUAAUAUUAGGAUCCUAGAUUGCCAGGAAAUAGUUUUUAAUUUCUAAUUUGAUGUAAAGAAGUGCAAAAAUAAAUUCAACCUGUAAAUCAGAAA